CCUUCCAGAGCCAGCUGGAUGUUGGAGAGAGGCACGAAGGGCGCAUUGGCAUUCCGCAGCUGGCAAUAACAUGAUACUCCGUCUGUGAGACGAGGGGCGCCGAUCGGCUGACGGCGGCAUGGAUGUGAUCGGGGUCUCCUUCCUGGACCCGCUGGAUGACUACGAACUGGUUCACCGGAUCGGGAGCGGCACCUACGGGGAUGUCUUUAAGGCUCGGAACAUCAAGACAUCAGAGAUGUCUGCAAUCAAAAUAGUAAAACUGGAUCCUGGAGAUGACAUCACCUCCAUCCAACAGGAGAUUACCAUGAUGAAGGAAUGCAAGCACAAAAACAUUGUGGCUUAUUUUGGCAGCUACCACAGGAACACAAAACUCUGGAUAUGUAUGGAGUACUGUGGAGGGGGGUCACUGCAGGACAUUUACCAAGUGACUGGGCCGCUGAAGGAGAAGCAGAUUGCCUACGUCUGCAGGGAAACGCUCCAGGGCCUUCAUUACCUGCAUGAGACUGGGAAAAUGCACAGAGACAUUAAGGUGCCGUAUCAGUCUAUGAAUGCACUUCGACAUUUUGUACAAUGGAUGUGCGUUUGUGUACAUGUACUUAUGUGUUUAUGUGUGUUUUCACAGUUGUGUGACGCUUCCCCUGAUAGGAUCAAGUCUGCAGGGAAACACCCAGUAGUGGAGAGGAGUCUCUCCGAGGAGCAAUUUGACCAGGUGAAAUUUGGUCCCCCCAGGAGGAAAGUGACCGACCCUUGUCCUGAAUUGAGCUCUUACGAUGAAGACUGGAAUAUCUCAGAAGAUGAGGAUGAUUCCCCGAGUCUCUUGGAGUGCGUUGAAGAAGCUUUGCUGAAGAGGAGUUUAACUGUGAAAAGGGCGCCCUCUGCUGAGCGCUGUUCUGGCGAGGAUGAGAGCAGACGUGGCGGAUCUAAGUGGUGCCAGCUAGCCAGCUCUCCCCUGGUGUCCAGCACCUCCUCCCUGCCUGCCUUCAGCUCUGUCUGCUGCAACCAGGAGGAUAAAGACCUCACACUCCGCCCAAGUGCUACACUACACUCAGACUGCACCCUGCUCCCCAACUCCGCCCCAGUGUUAUCCAGGUGCUCAGGCGCUCAGGAUAUCAGUCUGUGGUGCAGUGACUCCUGUGCCCCUGAAGGGGGCAUCAUACAGGAGGAGCCGAAGCCAGGGACAGUGGCUUCCCUGCUCCGGGACACUCCUCUUUCCCCUGAGUGGAGCACCCUGCGAAGAAAGACUGAGGAAUCUAGGGCUGAUUGUCAUGGACUACCGCCCACUCCCCAAGUCCAUAUGGGAGCCUGUUUCUCAAAGGUGUUCAAUGGCUGUCCCCUCAAGCUUUACUGUGCUGUCACUUGGGUUUUCCCGAGGACUAGAGAUCAGUACCUCAUCCUUGGGGCAGAGGAAGGGGUCUAUACCCUGAACCUGAACGAGCUCCACGAGGAUACUAUGGAGAAGUUACUCCCACACAGAUGCACCUGGCUGUACGUCAUGAACAACAUCCUGAUGUCUGUCUCAGGGAAAUCGUGCCAGCUGUAUUCCCACAGCCUGACGGUCCUGUUUGAGCAGAGGAGACAGCUCCAGAAAAGGCAGGGCCACCUGUCGCUUAGCACCAACCGCCUGACAGAGAGGAUCAUUCCCAGGAAAUUAACUAUUUCUGUGAAGAUACCAGACACCAAAGGUUGUCGAAGGUGCAACGUUGUAAGAAACCCAUACACUGACAGCACGUUCCUCUGCGGGGCUGUGCCGUCCGGUGUGGUGCUGCUCUUGUGGUAUGACCCGCUACAGAAGUUUCUGCAGUUUAAGCACAUAGCUGUGGCCCUUCCUGAGUCCCUGCCCAUCUUUGAGCUGCUGGUCCUGGAGUCAGAUGAGCUGCCACAGUUGUGUGUGGGGGUGAGGUGUGUCAGGCCUGAGCUCCAGGUCUCAUCAGCCAACCAGCAGCUGAGUUUUGACAUCAUAAAUCUGAACAGCACGACGUAUACAGAGCCAGAUGGUGAGCCUCUCGGGGUGGUACAGCUGACGCAGCUGGACAGAGACACAGUGCUCAUUGCGCUGCAAGAGACGGUGCAGGUGGUGAACCUGCAGGGUUUCCCGUGUCGAGAACUGGUCUCAGAGCUGACUUUUGGAUUUGUCAUUGACACUUUGGCUUGUUUACAGGACAGCGUGCUGGCCUUUUGGAAACAUGGUCUACAAGGACGUUGUUUGCAAACUAGUGAGGUAACACAGGAAAUCACAGACGAAAGCCGCGUGUUUCUGGUACUGGGGACUAACAGAGACAUCAUCUUGCAGAGUACCCCAACAGGAAUUCCUUCUGUCACUAGCAAUCUUUACAUGCUGACCGGCCACGAGAGCAGCUACUGAGGGAAGAAAAUAGAAUUGGAAAAAGACAGAGAGGAGGGAGAAAGUGGAGAGAGGCACCCAGCUGCCAAGGAACCAAAGCAAGAGGGCCCAAGGUGUCUACUUCACAGGACAGGGCCCUGUCUUCCUGGUCAAGGUGAAACUCUGUUUUGAUUUGGGUCAGAAUUCAGGACAGUUUAGUAUGAAGUACAAUAACCACAACCUGGAAAAAACACAAACUGGAAUGGCACCAGCAGAAAAGAAAGCAGAUAGAAACAUUCAUUAUAUAUAAACUGAUGGAUCUGGACUGUACCACCAGCACAUACAGAAACAAAGCAAAGCUGAAUGCAAAAAGUUAACUUUGACAAAGGUUACUAUAGAUACCCCUGAAUCCCCCUGAGUUUCUUCCCAUUAAACUAAUCUGCCUUAGGGCUUUUUGGAAUGUGAAGCGAAUUGUUGCAUUUCCUGUAAGAGCUGUGUUAUCUCUACCAAGACAUACUGUGCCUUCUACUUGCAGAAGGUGUUGCAUUGACAGAAUGAAUAUAUGCUGUUACUGUUCUUUUUAUUGAAAAGUAAUGAGUUAGAUUACAAAAUCCAUUUUGUCAGGAAGAAAUACUGAUGUGUUUAUAUAUAUGGUAAUGUAAAAGAGAUACAAAUUAAUGCAAUAUACUGUAGCAAAUAUUGAAAAAAUGUGUUGUAAAAUAGUUAUUUAUGAAACUCAUGAAAAAUCAUGAAUGAUGUACAAUAUAUUGACGUAUAUUAACAAUACUGGCCUUGUUAUUUUGACUGUGAAAAGUCUUAGACCAGUAGUUCUCAGCCUUUUUUUGUCCAAGGACCCCCCAUGUCCAGGAAAACGUGUGGCCCCCCUACACAGGUUAUGAUAUUGUUUCUUUGUUUGCAUUCAGCAAUGAUUAUUGUGAAUCUUUAUUAAUAUAAACAUAUUUUGAUUUGGUUACACUGACAAUGUAAUUUUUUUUAAACAUGACAAAAAAGUUUCACUCCACUAUGUCCACCAACACUUUUUUUCUCAUUUCAUGACAGAGUGAAUGUUUAUGAACAAAAAAAAAUCCAUCUAAAUAUAAAACCUGUUUUGCAAAUGGCUCUAAAAUCAGAAACUAUGUCCCUAAUAAAUGAAAAGAUCCUCAAUAUAUGCUAGUAGCCUUCAGCAAAACAAAUACUGCAAAUUAUGGUACAUAAUAAUGAUACCUCACCUUUCCCCUCCAUCAGCUUACCCAGGAGAUGUUUUAGUUGCUGGGAUUCCCAUGCAAAUUCCCAUGAUAACAAUACGGUAAUCCGACAGUUGUCAUAAGGGCAGGAAAACAAAUGAAACUGCUCAAUUUGACUCAUGUAAACAAGAGCACAUCCGCGAAUUCAGAUAAGCAGUAACUUUGUAAAUUACAAAAUAUCAUUUGUUUUCUAAUUUUGAUUGCUACUGUAAAAACUUGUCUUUAAAAAGAAAGAAAUAUGGAAACUGUUGGUAACUAGGUUGUUCUUUUAGCAUUUUUCACUACUUUUAUGAGACUUUUUUGCAAGACUACAAAGCAAUCAUUUAAUUUAUUAUGCUUCUCAAAAUGCAAGCCGUAAAAUAGCUUAAAAUAAUAUUGCUUGUUUUUGCUGAAAAUAAGAUAUUUUACGUAAAAUAUUAACUUUUGCACGAAAAACACUUGUAUAAUUCGCAUAAAAGAUGCAACUUACAUGUUCUCUCUUCACUCAAAAACGGAAGGAGCAAAGUUGUGAUGCAAAAUUAAAAAAUAAAAGCAGAAAGGGGGGUUCGUUUCACAAAAGCAUAGUUACCAGUUAUGUUAGCAACUUACACAUUUGAAACCCUGCACCUAAAUGGUUUCAACUAUCAAAACCAAGAUGUUAUAUUAAAAAAAGUAUGAUUC